UGGUAUCAAAGAGGUUCUUUGCUCUUGGUCUCGCUUUGAUUUGCUUCCUUGUGUAAGCACUCUGGCCCCAAAGUCUCUAGCAUUGGUACCCGGCUCCUUCUCCGGUCUCUCUACAACUGGUACUCUUCUUUCUCUCGGUAUUUUAUUUGUUUUUUCUCUCAUCUCUCUACUUUUUCUCUAUUCUGUCUCUGCCCCCAAAUCUCCACCUUUCUCUCUCAUCUUUUCCCAAAUCUCUCUCAAAACCCUUUCGAUUUACGCUCUCUCUCUUUGACGCCAGCUGAACUUACGCUCUUGCAACUGUACGCAAGGGAGAGCCUUCCCUCUAACUUUACUCUUUCCGCUGUCACUAUCUCUAAGAGGCGCCUUUGGGAAAAAGAGGUGCUCUGUGCAACUUGGGCAUAGAAUAUUCCAGUGGUUCUCUUUCUCUCUCUAAAAUUAGGUUGGCGCUCUCUCUCUCUCUCUCAACAAGGACUUCAAAUUUCUCUCGCUGUAGUCUCUCUCUCUCAUGAACCCAAUCAAUAUUCUCUCCCUCUCUCAUGACCGCCGUUUCAAUCUCUCCCCUGCUUUUCAUCCACAGUAAUUCAAAAACCCAUACCACUCUCAUCUUCCUCAGAAACCCAUAACACCAACACAACAUUCUCAUCUCUCCUCUCAAAUCCUCCAAACCCAACAUCUUCUUCUCUCUCAUCAGCAAAAAAAAAAAAACCAUCUCUUUUCACUUGUCCUAUUCUCUCUCUUCAUCUUCUGGGUUCUCAUCAGGACACCUCCUAUUUGGUUUUCUCUAACCAGCCACAAGGACAUCACCGCCCCAUUUCGGUCGGGCUUUCAAAGAGGAAAUCUGGUGUCUCUGAUAAUUUUAUUGCUUAUUCCUCUGCAACCCAUUCGAAUUUCUUCUUCGGUGACAGGCGCGGGUGGUUACUAACCCGUUUUGCAAAAUCGAGAGCGCCCCUCCUCCAUUAACCCUCCAAUCUCACUGUAAAAAAAACACCCAGCAAACUUUUUCUCUCUCUACCUCGGUGGUGUAUUGGGUAAAUUGGUUUUGUUUACAAGAGAUUGUGAAGGCUCUUGAGGGACCAUACUAUCCUCUACAUCUUUCUAGGAUUUCUAUUAUCCACCUCUCUCUUAUUUCCCUUAUAAUGGAAAAAUUCGAGUAUUUCCAACAUGUACCCAUUAAACUCAAUGGCACCAACUACACUUUUUGGGCCUCAUUUAUGCAGAAUGUUAUUCAUGGAAAUGUCUCAUUGGAUACAUAAAUAGGACCCAAAAAAAACCUAUUGAGUCAGUAAAAAUAUAAGAAUGUGGUAUAAAUAAUGCACGAAUUAUAGCAUGACUGAUGGGUGCAUUUGAAAGUAAUAUACGGAUCAACCUGAACACUUUCAAAACUGCUCAAGAAGUUUAUUGAGAAAAUUUAUAAUCAGACAAACUGGGCACGAAAGUACCAGUUAGUCCAAGAACUUCGCUCCCUCAGAUAGGGAGGCCAAUCAAUUCAAGAUUUUUACUUUUCCAUGAAGACACAUUGGGAUGCUCUAGCACUUAUGGAACCUGCAAUUGAAGAUCGUCCUAACGCAGAAAUAAUUGCUAAAUCUCGAGAGGAAUUUCAAGUUAUUGAAUUCUUAAUGGCUCUCCGUCUAGAGUUUGAGAGUGUCAGAAAUGGCUUGGUCCACAAAAGCUCUCUCCCUACUUUGAAUCAGGCUCUUUCUGAGCUAAUUGCAGAAGAAACCAAGAUCAAAUAUUUUAACUCAAGUUUUAAAGGAGAAACAAUUUUUGCGGCAACCAGACCUCAGAGACCUACCGCACUUAAACAAAAUCAGCGCAAUUCGUACUAUAUCCCUCCCAAGAACAUGACAUCUGUUAGAUGUAACUGUUGUAAAGAACUGGGACACAUCAAGUACACCUGCCCAAAUGAGAAGAAACCCACCUUCGCUGUUGUUGCUGAUACAAGACCACCAUUGAUCAAGUACCCACCAACUCAAAUUGGAAGUCCUAGUCCUACUCUUGCUUCACCAUCUGUGACAUUUUCACUGGAACAAGUGCAAUCAAUGCUUUCUCAGUCAUACCUGGCCUCUGAACCCACUCCGUCUUUUUCAGCUCGACAAUCACAGCUUGGUUGAGUGCUAUGAACCCCGCCCAGCAGCCUUCUCCGAUUUGCAGGAUGUCCUUGCAGCAGUCUGGAGUAGGGAAGGUGCCAGAGUUGGUGAAGAAGUCAGGAACGGAUUUCAUGCAACCGGCGAUGCCUUUCAGAGACCCAAAACAAUCCGAUGAUGACGAUGACGGCAAUUGUGGCAUCGCCAGCACGACGACUUCCUGUAGCAUUGCUACAAGUAGUACAACCACUAGAAGCUGCUUGGACCUCAUCCUUUCUCUCUUUUUCUCUACCACUCUCAACCAAAGUAUCAUGCAAACUUUUCCUUUCUCUAGUGGGGUUUUUUGGUUCAUGGAAAUGGGUUUAGGGACCAUUUUAUAGUUAUCACUUGUCUUGUUUUCUUUGUUUGUAGAGGAGAAGAUGAAGAAGAUGGUUGUAAACGUGUAAAAGUCACCCAUUAGGAGAGUUUAUUGCAUGGAGGGCUUAACAAGUUUUAUUUGUUAUGAGCAGGCGUGGAGCUUAGGGUCUCUGGGAACUAUUGCAAUUAAUCUCAUGAAUAGUUGUGCAUAGAUAGCUAUUAAUCCUUUAGGAACUACUCUGAAAGCUUAAUAGCAACACCAUCUUAACAACCAAAUAAGCAUGUCUAGUUAAACUCCUAGGAUGUCUCACAUGAUUCUUGUAUGACUAAAACAAUAAUAAUAUUAGAGCUGCUUUCUAUUCCC